AUGGUCCGCGCAUGCGAAUUUUGCCGCAAGCGCAAGAUCCGAUGCGACAGUGCCAAGCCCACCUGCUCGACCUGCCGCAGUAGCAGCCGAGUGUGCAUCUACCACAACGGUCCGCGAAAACAACGUCCUUCUGCUGCUCGCAUUGACCAUUUGGAGAGCGAGAAGGCUGCUCUGGAAGAUGCUUUGGUUCGUCUGAAACGUGCUGGUGAUGCGGAAAGGGAUGCCAUGCUUGAGUCGGUAAUCCUUCGCAACGGCCGUGUCUCGCUGGGACACCAAAGCGCGCUUCCGACUGAUUACGAGCGUCGGGUAGAACAGCAGUUUGAAAAUAGGCUGCUGGGCUCAGGUACGGGCGGGAAUGAUACUCCUCUGCUCGUCGAGGAUUACUCUAACCGCAAUGCCGAUGGUGGCCCUGUCCUGGGAUCUGCCGAUGAGCGAGCGGUUUCCCCGAAAAGAGCCAAUGGCAUCUAUGCUAUCAACCAUCCUAGCUUGACGGACAAAAGCCCUCAUGCCAGCGAAAGCAUUUUUAGCUCGACGUCCGUCGUUCAGACCAGCAGCCUGAGGCAACUUGCCAACCAUGAGCAACAACAAGCAUCCACAGAGACGCUACGGUACCAGCUGAUUGCCAAUGCAGCCAUGGAGAGACAACGCGAGCAUCGACUGCGCGGUCUAUCAUCUAUACGAGGAGUCCCAGCGGAACUUGCGCUGCAUCUUCUUAAUCUCCAUUGGAGCCGCCAGCACCACACUUUCCUAUUAACCUAUCGCCCGACGUUUAUGCGAGAGCUCGAGCAUGGAGGACCGUAUUGCUCUGACCUGUUGCUCUUCACCAUUCUUGCAUGUGCGCACAAAUUCUCCGAGACGCCAGACCCUGGAACAGGACAGCGUUUCUUCACACGAUGCGAUGAGCUUUUACUGCGCGAGGGCUUACUAAUUCAAUCGAGUAUACCCACCGUCAUUGCUCUGGUCAUGCUCGGGUCGACCUUCAUUGCCAGAGGCAUGACGUCCAAGGGGUGGCUGUAUACCGGCUAUGCUAUGCGCAUGAUAUACGACCUCGGUCUGCAUACAGAGUCGCAUCUUGAAGUCAACAAGUAUAAUAUUGAGGAAAUCGAGAUCCGGCGCCGGGUGUUCUGGGGUGCCUUUGUCUGUGAGAAGCUCCAGAGCCUGUACCUCGGUCGUCCCCCUACGAUCAGACUGCAAGAUGUGGAUGUCUCGCAAGACUUUUUGGAUACGUUUGAGGAGCUGGAGCCGUGGGAGCCCUACGAUCACUCCGUGCCACCAGGGCUGAGGCCAAUGUCUUCGACUCUACCAUUAGCAUACUCAGUCACUGUCUUUCAGCAGCUCUGUCAAUUAUCCCAGAUUAUGACGAAGAUUAUUGACAAGGUUUACGGCGUCGGAGCUACUGCCUCCAACACCCGUCAUGGGAUCCGCCCCCUCGACGAUGCCCUCACUGGCUGGUACAGCAGCCUGCCGCAUCACCUGACCUAUGAGCCCUGGGCGAAGAGCUCCUCAAACCCACCAGACAUUGUCGCCCCAAACCGAAUUAUCCUACUGACAACGUACCAUUCCCUCAUGGUUCUGCUCCAUCGGCCAUUUAUUACCGCGACCAGCCCUAAUGAGCACGGUGGCACUGGCACCAUGGGAACACCCGCCUUCGCAUGGAAGCGAUGCACAACAGCAGCGCGGCAUAUAACCAGUCUUGUCCUAAGCUACCAAUCAAUUUACCCGCUGCGAAAAUCCAGUUACUUACUGAGCUAUGCCGUAUACGUUGCGUGCACGAUUCACGUGCUCAAUACGGCAUCACUUGCAGUCAGCGGUGAUACCAAUGCAUAUACAGAGUCCUCAACGUUACUCGGUGCGAGCUUAAGAUGUCUCGAUGCAUUGGCUGUGCCGAACUCUGGAGUAGCGGAUACAGCGCGGAUAAUCCGUAGGCUCAUGGCAGCUAAGGGUGUUGAGGAGUCAUUAGUCGUCGACACGCAGUACCCAACACAUGAAGACCGCUCUCAAACCGCGUUGCAGUUCCCGAACUCGUCGCCGGCCUACGAUGAGGUUGAGCAGAUGCAGUUGUUCCAGGAUAUUUUUGACCCUGGGCAGGAUCUGCUGUUUGGGUUCAUGAAUGAAAAUAUAUCUCUUCCUACGGCUGAUCUUGAUGGAGGGCUUUCUUGA